AUGACACGAGGACAAAACGAUACACUGAGGGAUGUUGAGCAGGACACGACUCGAAUGCACACAGGCGUGAAAUUGAGCAAAGAAGAUGAAAGGAUGCUUGAUGACCGCAUUAAUGCAAACACACUUGUGUAUCCAAAACAAGCGCUCAUCAUCGUUGCCGCCAUUGCAUCUUUUCAACCCGUAUAUCUUUCACAUGCAGUAAAUGGACUUGACUGGAUUAACCCCAUCAACGCCUUUUUAUACCUUGUAAUUGCAACCUUCACUGCAUACAUGCUUUCACAGGCAUAUACCGUUAUGGUUGAGAGUGAAUUCUGGCGUCAGCAACGGCAUUACAGUGAAGUAUCUAAAGGAGAUGAAAAACUUUUACACAAAUACCGCCUGCAAGUUGCUGUUGGGUACACGUUAUUUUUUGUCAACAGCGUCUUUUCCCUAUUAUGCACGUUGCUACAUGUUUACAUAUUGCGUCACUCGGAUCCCCGUGUGAGCUUCAUGUUAUCACCCACUUUAACAGCUGCGCUUUUAUGGUUGGUGGCACAAAAGAAUGAAGAGAGCCGUCAGCGCCGCAUGGCGAGGCACAAAUAA